CGCACCUUAUUCAAUCAUGACUGGACGUGGUAAGGGAGGCAAAGGAUUGGGAAAAGGAGGAGCCAAGCGUCAUCGUAAAGUUCUUCGUGAUAACAUCCAAGGUAUUACCAAGCCAGCAAUCCGUCGUCUCGCUCGUCGUGGUGGUGUCAAGCGUAUCUCAGGCUUGAUCUACGAGGAAACUCGUGGUGUUCUCAAGGUAUUCCUCGAGAACGUCAUUCGUGACGCUGUCACCUACACUGAGCACGCCAAGCGCAAGACCGUCACUGCCAUGGACGUAGUUUACGCACUCAAGCGUCAAGGCCGCACUCUAUACGGUUUCGGCGGCUAAACAUAUCGCUCGUCGUUCUACCAUUACUACCAAACAGUCCUUAUCAGGACUACCAUACGACAUCGUAAGAACUCAUAUUCAAUGCCUAAGAUCUGACUUGAACUUCAUAGAAGUUGACCUCGCAUUCAAUUUUAAUAGCACCACAUGUAACUGGUGGUACCAAUCAUAAUUCAAAUUUAUUAUAAUUGUGGCACUGCAUCUCACGAAGCCAACGAAGUGAUUUGUCAUCAUUUUAUAAGAAGCUUUCAUAAUUAAGAAAUGUCCAUUUUACUCGAAACAACACUUGAUUAUUACGACAUGAAAUUGAAAUCUUUGUAAACAAUUCCUGAAGUUUUUGUCGAUUGCCUGUUGGGUAUAUAAUGGUUUUCACAUGGACGAUGAAAAAUCACAAUUUUCUACAUCAAAUCAUUCUAGUCGAUUGUUGACUUUGCUUGCAUGAAGAAUGUUCGAAAAUUUAAUACUAUGAAAGAACAGCCAAGAAUAUAAAAUUCAUAUUAUAUGUGCUAUACUAUGUAAAUAUACUUUUAGUUUGUCGAAACUGAACCAUUCCACUCAAACGCUGUACAGUCGAUGUGUCUGAAAGUUUAGGGAAUUUUCUGGAUAUGUGUAAAUCUUAUUUUUCUGUUACUCGAUAAUUAUUUAGUCAAACUUCUACCUUGCGAACUGGUAAUUUUUAUACUAAAAUAACCUCUGACUUAGUUGUCUAAAAAUAUGUAGUUGAAUAUGUAAAUUACAUUAUGUACCAAUACAAAAAAUUGAAUAAUUAAAUAAAAAGUUGAAUUUCGAUUGAUCAGAUGAAUUAGAACCAAGUCUAUCUCUGAGGGGUUCUUGACUGGUCAUUUUUAUACUUGAAUAGUUUUACGGUUACUAGAAACGUCGGGGCCAUUUCUCGAGUUUUGUUGUCCUUAACAAAAUCCGUCUUUAGCUAUUGGAUACUUGGGGCUGGAAUGUUAGUCUUUCAUUGGACUCUGCACUGUAAGACGUUCAAUUAUGCAACAGCUUGAAAUAUAAGUUGAUUUAAGUAGAGACUCAGCUAUUCUCUCCAGCUGGAAUUUUGACUGCCAUAGAUAAUAAUUGUGAAAUUCUAGUGACUUGCAUGUUGUCGGACAAUAUUGUGUGCAGCGAGUUCUGUGCAUGUAAUGUCGAAACACGGAAAUUGUAAAGGAAAAAUCGUUGUCAUUAAUUAAUAAAAAAAUUUUAAAUGUGUACCGCAAAAUAAGUUUUUUCUAUAUAAUCUUGAAUACAAUAGUUGAUUAAUGUGGUUUCUUUUUACAAUAUUUGACCUCUCAUUACAAUUGAAUAAAGCUCUGUACGUACGAACCCACAUCAUACAUUAUUUGGAAAUCCAAUCUAGUUUACAAUUGUGUAAACGAAAUAUUCUACAACCCCUGGUUCAAAAAA